CAACCGCCAUAAAACCCUAGAAGAAGAAGAAGAAGAAGAAGAGCUCGCGUUUGAUGUGUUUGUGUAUUCUUAGUGUUUUUCUCUCUUGAGUGUAAACAGAGUCUUGUCUUUAUUUUUUAGUGUUGAUGAUGAGAGAUGAGAUGUCCUGUAAAUCUACUGAUCAAACCUCCACAGAGUCUCUGGAUUCUGUUUGUAACGCUGGAGAACAGCAGCAGAUCCUGCAGACCAAACUCAAGAUGUGUUCAGUCAAACCCGUCGACUGCACGAACCUCACGAUGAAGAUUAAAACUGAACCUACAGAAAUAAAAACUGAACCUACAGAAAUAAAAACUGAACCUACAGAAGAAGAAUAUGAAGACAAUCAGGAUGGUCAUGAUUUUAUUCCUUCAGAUGUGAAGAGUGAAUUAUGUUCGGAUGGAGAAAUGACGUCCUCGACUCUUUCCUGCAUCACCGAUGGAGAGACAUUGAGCUCACAGAGACAUUUAGAGAGAAAACACACAGAACAUGAACAUCAUUUGAUGAAACACACCAAUGAGAGACCAUAUCAGGGCAGUGAAUGUGGAAAAACCUUCAGGGAUUCUGAUUCAUUGAAAAAACACCAGAAUAUUCACUCUGAAGAGAAACCCUAUAAGUGUUCACACUGUAAUGACAGUUUUGGGUAUAAAUCUUAUCUUACAAUCCAUGAGAGAAUUCAUACUGGAGAGAAACUUCCUCACUGCAAUGUUUGUGGGAAGAGUUUUCAUCAACAUCAACAUUUAGUGUCACAUCAGAGAACUCAUACAGGUGACAAACCUUACAAAUGCUCUCAGUGUGGGAGGUCGUUUGCUAAGCCAGGUUACUUAAAAAUCCAUGAGAGAGUUCAUAGUGAAGAGAAAUCUUACGUCUGCUCUCAGUGUGGAAAGAGCUUCACUGAUCCAUCUCAAUUUAGAAUCCAUGAGAGAGUUCACACUGGAGAGAAACCUCAUAUCUGCUCGAUCUGUGGAAAUAGAUUUGUUUAUUCUAGAAGUCUUCACAAUCAUCAGAAGAAAAAACAUACUGAAGAACAAACUAAACUAAAAUCAUCAUAGUGUCUUAAAUUCUUUACACACUGAUCGUGUAUAUUCGGUGUGAAUAUUUGACGCGAUAACGUGCUAUAACAAAAACAAUUGAUUUCUAUAAAUAAUGAAAAAUCAAAGGUUGUUUUUACCACUGUAUUGAAUUUUUACUAUUUUGCCCGACAAAUAAACAGGUCGACCAAUGAGAUCUGAACAUUACGUCACAUUCCCGGAGCCGCUGCUAAUACUCAAAAAGAAGAGACAGCUCACAAAACUGUAUAGACUCUUUUACAGCCCACGUGACCAAAUAGCCUUCGCAUGCAUUUUGGCAACAGAAGUGGUGUUAUUCCUCAUUGGUUCUAACGUGUUAGCAACUCAGAAAACUUAUGAAAACUGUUUUCCAGCAUCAAAAUGUCUGGUUCUUGCUUUUGGUUGCACUGAUAUAAUAUACUAAUAUACAUAUAUAUGUGUCUGGCCACUUUAUAUUUGGGCAUCUGCUAGCUUCUUCUAUGCACUCCUCUUUAGUACACGGCUCUGGUAACUGUGUUGAAAAAGUUGAUAAAGUUAAUUUUUUAAAAUACUUUUAUCUGUCUGUGUUGCUUCACUGCUGAUUCUUGCCAUACUUCCAUUGCCAAAAUGUAUGCGCAUAUGUUUGCCACGUCAUCGUUGUAUAUAAACAGUAAAAAGGGUCUAUUGACAGCACAUGUAAACACAUCAUUGAAACAAGUCAAUUUGAGUUAUUUGUAUAGGGAUUUUCACAAUUGUUCAUUGUUGAUUAUUGUGUUUCUCUCCUUACAAUCUCUCUCUCUCCCCCUCACAUUACUCAUCUUGUUUUAAAUCACCUCACAAUCUCUCUCUCUCUCUCAAGUGUAAAACCAUACAUAUUUGGUAUCGUUGUGAUGGUCUCAGUGUGUCUGGUAAAAGGGUCUCAUUCCUUUAAGUAAUAAAUAAAUAAAUAAAACACCAUUCUGUAAAGCUACGGGUAUUUAGAGGAAUGUGGCAGAGAAUUCUAGGAAUCCGUAGACUGAUUUUCCGCAUGAUUGCUGUGUAGACAUUUCUUAUGAUUCAUUAAUGUGUUCAAUUAGUUGAAAUUAUUUUUUUUAAUUAUCAUGUUGCUUACCUGGCUAAUAAAUUAUGUUAUGCUUGGA